AUGGAAAACGGGUCAAGCGCUGCCAAGUUGGAAGGGAAUCAGAGCUCUGUGCCAAGCAAUGGUCUCUGUUUGCCAGCCAAUCAGCAACUCGCGUUAUCGACAGUUCUGUCGACAGUUUAUCGACAGUUUUCUGCUUCAGGCCAAUCAGCAGUUUGGAUUGUCGACAGUUUUCUGGGCCAAUCAGCAGCUCGGAUUAUCUACAGUUUUUUGAACUACGGCAGCAACGAGAGUGUUUUCACUGACUCCAGGCGUUGCAGCAGAGGGACGACCACUGGCACCAGCGGCGGCAGCGGGCUCAGCAGCGGCGGCGGAAGCGGUGGCAGUGCCAGCGUCAGCGACAGCGCCGGGCCCAGCAGCAGCGGCGGUGGAUCGUCCUCCGGCAGCAGCUACUGUGGUGCCUACAGGCCAGGUGCCGACAGCAGCAGCAAGGGUGGCCGCGACACUGGCAGCAGCACCGGCUGUGGCAGCACCGGUGCCUGUUCUGCCAGCGCCGUUACGGCUACUGGCGCCAUUACCGCCUGCCCCCUCAGCUGCUGUCCUGGCCGUACCACCAACAGCUGCUGCAGCUGCAACAGGACCUUUUCGUGCUACACAGCCUCUCCUCCUGGACCUCUCAAUGCCCCAGCAGACUGUGAGGGUGCUCCCCAUCCCCCCCCCCCCCCCAACGCUCCCUCGGACAACGCCAGCCCCACACGUCCUCCCUCUGCCGCUGGCCGCCGCACAUCACGCCGGCCCUCAGGUGCCUGCACUGCAGCUGCUGGACAGGACAGCAAGGACAACAAGCAGUGCAGGCAGCACCUCCUGCUCAGCCUGUCUCUUCAUACAAAACUGAAUAGGCGAGGAGGAAGAGGGCUGAGCAGAGGGCAGCGGCACAGCCGGGGACAGUCACCGCUGCCCGGGCCGGCGUGCCACAAGUGCAGAAAAUGCGGCCUGCCUAUGCUGUUGUUGAUGGAUGUGCUGUGAAAAAAAACACAGAAUUGUAUGCCAUGUCUGUUCCUCCCUGACAGGUCGUUGUUCUAAACCAGGUUAUUGGUGUUCUUCACCUGUGCUUUGACACCUUACACACCUACACCUUACACUGCCUAUGCUGUCACCUGUGCUUUGACACCUUACAUCGCCUAUGCUGUCACCUGUGCAUUGACACCUUACACUGCCUAUGCUGUCACCUGUGCUUUGACACCUUACACUGCCUAUGCUGUCACCUGUGCAUUGACACUUACACUGCCUAUGCUGUCACCUGUGCAUUGACACCUUACACUGCCUAUGUGCUGUUGUUGUUCUGCACCUGUGCUUUGACACCUUACACUGCCUAUGCUGUCACCUGUGCAUUGACACUUACACUGCCUAUGCUGUCACCUGUGCAUUGACACCUUACACUGCCUAUGUUGUUGUUGAUGCAUGUCCUGUAAAAAAAAAAACAGAAUUGUAUGCCAUGUCUGUUCCUCCCUGA